AUGGCCGCCUACGGGGUCUAUGACCUGGUCCUACUACAUCAGCCGGUCGAGACCAUCGUGUGCCUCUGCCUUUCCGGGAAAAUGACCCCCGACGAUCAGCGGCGUGCCAUCAACGCCCUGGAGCACCUUGGUGCUUCCUUCGGCGUCCCGCUGGCCGUGCAGGUCAAGGAGGCUCUGGCAUGCUCGUGCGCCGCGGCGACACCUGGCGCCGACGACGAAGGCGGCGACGACGCGUGCGCUGGCGAGGGCCCGGAGAACGUGAACGCCGCGCAUUCCGCGGCGGCGGUCGAGAUCUCCGGGAACGAAGCCGAUGACUUCCGAGGCGGCGAGGAGGAGACCGGUGAGUGUCGCACCGGCGAGCGGGAGGUCGCCGAGGUCGGCAUGGCGGCGCACGCCAUGUGUGCAGACGCCGUGCGUCGAGACGACGUUGUGGACCAGGAAAGAGCAGCCAAUGGCGCAAACAGUGAGGUUGAGAAGAAGAAGAAAAGGAAGAAAAAGAGAGACCACGAUGGGCGGCGCAGUGAUGUGGAGGCCACGGAGAACGCAGGCGACGAAAAAUGCGCUGAAGUGGACGAGGUGAGCGUUGCUUAUGCGUACGUUGACUGCCACGACGGCAACGAAGAGGCGGAGGAGUCCCGGGAUGGCGAAGUGGCGGCCGUGGAGGAAGGGAAAGACGAGGACAACGCAGGAAGUGACGACGGCACUGGAAACUGGGAAGGAGUAGCCAAUGGUGAUGCAGUGGACAAAGAAGACGAACUCGCACAGCAUGGAGGCGUCAGCGGCGAGACAGCCCCAAAUACGAAACGCGAACCGAAGAAGAACGUUGAGAAGGAUGGUGGUCAGGAAGAAGAGGGUCAAGAAAAGAACGAGGUAGGGAGUAAGAAGGACGAGACCGCCAACGAGGAUGAGUCAGCUGACGGCAAGGACAAGAAGAACGCGGAGGAGGCUAACAACGACGGGGAUUCAAGCAAGGCUCGGCAAGCAGAUACCGAGGAUGCCGACACUGAUCACAAAAAGGAACCAGACGUCAACAACAGUAAAAGAGCAGGCAACCACAGACAGCGGCAACAAGGCGACAAAGCGUCGGACGCUGAGGACAAGACGGGCGGGCAGAACGAGCUCAAGAAACGGAGGUCGCCAGCAUUUAACGACUACCACCUGGAGGAGUGGCCGCCACCCCAACGUGACUGGUCCUGGCGGCUACAACGGAAAAACACGACACAGCGAGUGACACAGCGCAACAUCUACGACAACGGCACCAGCAACAAGCAACAACAUCAGCGCCAGGAGGUCUACCGUAACUACUCUGUGCCCGUUAGCUCGGUGGGUGUGUGCUGCACCGGGCUCUCGCGGUCCUGCUCUCGCGGAUGA